CGCUCCAUGACAUGAAUGAACCAUGUUCGGUAACGGAGGCUUAGCUCUCCCGGUCUGCUCCUUUCUCCUACUACACCUCCCGGUUCUCCCGCUCACCAGCAACUGGCCCGUUAAGGACAGAAGUGAAGGGAGGGUGGAGCAACGUAACAUCCAUCUGCAGUCACACAGCUCUGGAAGUCAGCAUGUCAAACAGACAGGCAACAAGGAGGAGGUGUUUCAGUGGUGGGGAGAGUGGUCCAGUUGGUCCUCCUGUUCCAGGAGCUGUGGAGGAGGAGUGAGGAGUCAGGAUAGGCACUGUCUCAUACAGAGGCUGUCCACCACCCAGAACAUAAACAGUUCAUACUGUGUCGGAUCUCCUAAACAGUACCAACUCUGUCCACACCAGCCCUGUCCCAGCCCCAGUGUAAGCUUCAAACAGCACCAGUGUUCCCAAUUCAAUUCUAAAGCCUUUGGAAGAAGAUACUACCAGUGGAUCCCUCUCUACCCGGCUGACUACAUCAGCAUCUCCAAUAAGCCAUGUGACCUGCAGUGUACCACCAUGAGUGGUGAGCGACAGCUGCUAGUUCCUGCACAUGAUGGUACAUUCUGCCGCGAUACCAAAUACCACGGAGUCUGUAUAGAGGGGAAAUGUCAGGCUGUGGGUUGUGAUGGGGAGCUGUACAGCAGUAGGACAGUAGACAGGUGUGGAAUGUGUGGAGGCAACGGGACGUCCUGCCAGCGCAUCUCUGGAUCAUACAGGAAGGCACUCACACAGUUAGGCUAUGUGUUCAUCACCAACAUCCCAGCUGGAGCUUCAGACAUUCAGAUCAUAGAGAGACACAAGACCGAGAACAUCCUUGCUCUGUCAGAUGAAGCGGGUCAUUUCUUCUUCAACGGAAACACAGUGUUUGACAACCCACAAAACUUCCAUGUGGCAGGAACAGUGUUUAAAUACCGACGUCCAGGCAAUGUGUUCUCUGAUGGGCUGGAGUACAUCACCGCCCAGGGACCCACACUACAGGGCCUCAAUGUUAUGUACUACAACCUGAAUGGGAAGCUCCCCCACAUCACCUUUGAAUAUACCACCCCCCGCACACCUCAUGACAUCAGCGCUGCAGAAAUCAUCACUACUGGACAUGUGAACCUAACUUAUAAUGGGGUGAACGGGGACAUGAUAGCGACCAAUCACAGCAGAGGGAGCGUAACAUCUGUCAAUCACCAAUCAGAUGUCCAGCUGCAGGAAGAGGAGGAGGAGGAAGUGUGGGAGAUCAGGACCCCCAGCCCCCCUCCUCCUGCUGCCAUCCUGCUGUACAGAGCUGCUGAUGUCACCAGUCAUGUGUUCAGCCAUAAUGAUGUGGAGGAGCCAGGACCCCCAGGACCCUCUGGAUACCGAAGUUCCUCCAACUCAAUUGACGAGCCCGCCGCUGCAGAUGACAACACUCUGGUGCUGCCUUUCCGUGUCCUCGCUGUAGCGCUGCCAGAAGACGCCCCCUAUCUGCUGCUGGAGGACUUGCACUACAACCAGACACACUUACACACACACUCCCUCACUCAGUCAAACACACACUCUGUUGAACACACACUCCCUGAUCCACUCUCACUAGCACAAACAGAAACACAUUCAGACAUGCUCACAGACACACACUCUGCUACACACACCGAAAGAGAGAGUGGCACACACACUGGGGUCCUGGUACAGCUGCAGCAGGGGCCCUCCAUCCAGGCUGCAAACACUGAGAGUAAUGACUUUGAUGUGGGUCUGGAGCCCGACAUCAGUCUGGCGGACAUGUACCGCUGGAAGGUUUCUGCGUACGCUCCCUGCAGCUCCACCUGCACAACAGGUAUCACCACCAGUUAUGCCCUGUGUGUGCGGUAUGACGGCAGUGAGGUGGACGACAGUUACUGUGACUCUCUGACCAGACCUGAGCCAACACAUGAGUUCUGCACUGGGAAGGAGUGUCCUCCAAGGUGGGAGACCAGUGGGUGGAGUGAGUGCUCCCGGACGUGUGGGGAGGGCGUUCAGUAUCGUACGGUGCGCUGCUGGAAGAUGCUGUCGCCUGGACUCGACUCGUCAGUCUACGACUCCCUGUGUUUGACACAUGACCUUCACAAACCGGCCAAUAGAAAGGUCUGCCACGGCCAGAGCUGCGGCCCCCAGUGGGAGGUGUCCGAGUGGUCAGAGUGCUCGGCGCGCUGUGGCUCUCGGGCCGUUCGCACUCGGGAGGUGCGCUGCUCCAUGGAGAUGAGACUGUGUAACAAGUCCUCUCAGCCAAUAGAAAGUGAGGAAUGUGAAGCUCCGCCCUGCGACAGAAGAUGGACUUUCUCUGACUGGGGGCCUUGCUCCGGUGUGUGUGGCGAGGGGAGGAUGGCGCGUGCGGUGACGUGUCGAUCAUCGGAGGGGGUGGUGAUGUCAGAGGAGCAGUGUGACCAAUCACUGCGCCCGCUAGCCAUCUAUCCCUGUGGAGACAGAGACUGCGCCCCCCACUGGGUGGAACAAGAAUGGCAACAGUGUAAUGCUACAUGUGGGCGCGGGGUGCGGCAGCGGCAGGUGGUGUGUGCCGGGCUGGAGGCCGGUGUGUUCAAAGAGUCUCCAGACAGCAGCUGUGAGCAGGGCAGCAGACCAGAGAGCAGCUCCUCCUGCUUCCAGAGACCCUGCUCCAAGUGGUUCACCACGUCCUGGUCCCAGUGUAGUAAGACCUGUGGGAGUGGCGUCCAGGUUCGUGAAGUAAAGUGUUACCAGGGGGAGGAGCUUGUAACCAGGGGCCACAGCUGCGACUCGGCCCUCAGGCCGGAGGCCAGGCAGAGCUGUGAGAUCCAGAGCUGUCUGACGGAGGCUCCAGUGGCGGCCCCCGCAGCAGCAGCAGCAGCAGUAGAAGACUCCUGCCAGGACAAGCCAACAGCCAACUGUGCCCUGGUGCUGAAGGUGAAGCUGUGCUCCCAUUGGUACUACAGAAAGGCCUGCUGCCAGUCCUGCAGGGCCCCCCGACCCUGAGGUCUGACUGUACCCUCUCCCUUCUAACCACUGACACCAGAGAUCACAUUACACUCACACUGGUGCUACACAAAAGCCUGCUGCUAGCAAUGAAAGGACUUCCCACAUGCAUUUAACUGUGUAUCUCCUCCUCCUGUCACUUAUGCCAACCUGUGUUCUUCACCUACAACCUGUCAAUGUUACACCUGUUACCCUUAAGCCCGUUUCAUGCUUUUGACGAUUUUUGUACUAAUUGUUGUCACCAGUACUACAGAACACUUCCUGCUGUGUAACAGGAAGUUAGUCUCAAGUACUGAAACAAGUUCCUGCUCAGCCUGACGGAGGUGAUGUGAUACUAAAUCUGUUCCCUGACCUCCUCCUGUCCAGACAAUGUGAAAAUAGACACACUCAGCAUUGCGAUCAUUGACUUACCUUAUCUGAAACAGAAAGAGCAAACCACACUCUUCCAUUUCUUCUUCAUCCCUGUUCCUCUUGCUGUCUCUCUCUACAUCUUAAGGACUAAAAACACUUGAUCCAUCCAUCCUGUAUCCAUCACCGAUGUAGCACCCACUGGUGCCAUGCCGUUGUGUAACUAUGCUUUUUUUCUUCUGCCUCCUAAACAUAUACAAGAGACACAGCUUCAUGUCACAGAGUUACUCCAACUUUACUGUAGCCUCCUCCUUUUCAAACCAAAUGAUUGUUUUGUACCAGCUGGUCCUUGUCUCAGCGCCUGAAUCUUCCCACAUGCAGCAGUACUCUAUGGAGGCCAGCAGGUGCUAACGUACUACAACAUCCCAAAACACUUCAAUUAUGAGAAACCUGGUGCAACUUUAGAAACGAUUCAAAAUAUGCACUUGUUGACAUUGGGGAAUAAUAAAGUUGGCCCAAUGUCGCUGUUGGCAGAGUUAGUCUGUUUCAUAACUGUAAGUGUUUUGUCAGUAUAUUUGAAAUGACUAAGUUAGCUAUUUUAGCCAGCUAGAAAUAAUAUCAGAAGGAGUCAUGUGAUCAUGUUGUUCAAAUAAGACAUACAAUUUACGUUUCCAACAACAGUGACAGUCGACCAACUUUAUAAAACCCCAACAUCAACAAACGCUCGGGUCCCAGCUCUGUGCGUCACUUGUCAUUGUCCCUGUUGCCGUUGUGUUUUGAGCUUCUUGUAGCGUUUUUUUUAUUUGCAGCGUUUAUAUUUUACAUCGUUUUGUUUAUGCAUGUUUUGGCACAUUGUUUUCUAACUGCAGCGUUUCUCCUGAUGUAAGUGCUUUGGGCCGUUGUAGCGCGCUUCCACCUGUCGGCCACCAGUUCACCCCACCUGGAAACACACUUGGAUGUGGAAAGUAGCGUGUGCAGUAACACCUGCUCCCCUCCUGUACACCUCUCCGGGGUGACACUUCAGAUCACAUGAGAGCACGUCAAUGGAGACGAGUAGAAAAGGAAGCAGAGAGCUGCGGAGCGCUGUGUGAUCUGAUGCUCUGUACCUGAUGAUGGCACAGAGCUGCUCAUGGUGCUCACUGUAUCACAUCAAGAAUAAACCAUGAGCUGUGCUUCUGUGUGGGACUCCUGCUUGCUGCUCCUCUUGGUGAUGGACAAAAAGACAACAAAGAAAUCUUCAGGCGCUCAUUUAAAGAAUAUG